AUGGUCGGUUGGCCCGCCCAGCUGCUCGCUACCAAGGCUGCCGACCUAGCGAUAGUCUGGGGCCUCGGCUCGCGCCAGUGCCCACCGUGCCCCGACUGCACUGUCAACUGCCCGACGGUCACGUGUUCGACGCCGUCGAUCAACAUCACCUGCCCGACCUUCUCUUGCCCGUCUCUUGCCCCGCAGUCGGCCGAGGGUGCGGGCUGGUCAGGCGUCGUCUUCUUCGUCGCAGGCCUGCUGGUGGGCUUCGGAGUACUGACUUGCACGGGCCUCAUAGGUGACGUGGUUCUGGUCAAGUACGACCUGCCUGGCCCACCGCUCUGGCACGAACGUCUCAUCCUCACGGUGGGCGCGGCGCCAGGGCACUACGCGGUGCUGACGCCUGACGGCGACAUUUUCGUUGAGGAACUUCGACCAGAUAAUGAUGAUAUAGCAGAGUUUCGCGCUGCACCAGGACUGGGAGUACCGCCGCAGGACAUCCCGCUGGCCAGCGUGUAUCGGUUCCAAGCAGUGCCGACCGCAGCCGAGAUGAUCCAGCACGUGCGAGACGGAGCACUUCAGGCAGGAUCGCCGCUCGUGUGGGUGGCGGCCGAGGACACUCAGGAUAUCUCAAAGGGGACUCAGAUUCCGGCCCUUCCUGAUGCCGCUGUGACGUGUGGCGACAGAGGCAUCAUCCCCUACGGCAUCGGUCACUUGUUUGUGCAGCGUAUGGCAGAGGCCGACAUCUACAGGUACGUUCAUGACGAUCUCAGGGUGCUGCCCGUGGUCGUCGACGCGUCGGGUGAGCGUAAGGUCAGCUUCUCGGAGGCAGUCUCGGCCAUGGACCCGACGCCCCCGAGGGGCGGUCUAGGCGGCACGAAUCCAGCGCUGGCGCAGUACGUGGCAAACCAGCUGAAGGACCAGGCGGCCAUCGCGAAGGAGAUCUUCCAGGCCUGCGCGGCGGUGGCGUCUUACAGCAGCAGCUCCACCACGCUCGUGCACCACAAGAGCUCGGACCCUUCCAUGCCCAUCGACACGGCCAGGCGGUCGCGGGGGAUCGACCUCGCGAUCUUUUUCCCUUGCCUCCAGUUGAUGCUAGGCGUGAUGUGCCUGAGCAAGUUUUGGCUUCUGAUCGAGCCCUCCAGCGCCGAGAGCGACGUGCCCUCGAAGCGACAACGGCUCGAGGAUGUCCUUGACCAGGAGGGGCGUCAGGUUUUAAUCGAGGGGGUCGACCGCAUGCUUAAGUCCCCACAGGAGUGGGGGGAAGUGAUCGAGACCUCUCCUCACGUCACCCCCUACUUCGAUGAGGUCUUGCGAGCUGAUCAGAUUGCAUACGAAGGUUUUGUGAAAGACUUGUAUCACGCGGGUAUCGUUGAGUUUUCGUUUGAGGUCGAAGAUCACAUCACUCCAUUCUUUGUCGAUAAGAAGGGCGUUGCUCUGCGCAUGGUUCCACAAGGCCAAGUUUUGUACGGCGCUCUAUCGGAUGUCAGCAUUUUUUUCUACUGGCUCGUGCUGCCGCACUGGCUCCGCAAGUACUUUGGCCUGCCAACAGUUAGUACUGCCAACGUCAUAUCGUGGGAAGAUGCCCCAACUCCGGACUUGUCAUGUAAGGUCCCCGUGGUCCUCCCCUACUGCGACAACUUGAUAGUCAUGGGCACAGACAAAGACUCCGUCAGUAAUGUUAAGAGGUUGGCAGUCGAGCAGCUCAGACGUGUGGGCUUCCAGGUACACGAGGAGGUGGAGGUUACAACCUUUUUCGAGUCCCUGGGCUACCUGGUUGAUGGAAAACGAGGGGGGGUCUUUCCGAUCCCUCAUCGGCUUGAGAAGGCCGUCGCAGCGUUCACCCAUCUCAGGAGAAGGCCACACAUCACGGGCUGGCAAAUUAGUAAGGCUCUCGGAUACGUCACGCCGAUCUUCCUCCUCACCCGCUCCAUGUUCUCAUUGCCUAAUGCCCUGUAUCAGUUCAUGCACGAGAACUGGAGCCGCAAGAGGCGUCUCUGGCAUUCAGCCGCGCUGGAGUGUAAGUGGAUAUCUGUGUUGCUGCCGCUCGCUUGGGCGGACCUCAGGAUGCCGUGGACUUCGCAGGUAAAAGCUACAGAUGCCUCGCUGUCCGGGUACGCCGUGGGCAAGUCCCUCUGGAAUGUCUCAGAUGUGAUGGAGGCAGGGGGUGCUCGAGAAAGGUUUCGAUAUCGCUGUGCCGUGCCGUCAGCCGCGCCGCGCCGUGCCGCUCUGGGGACCCUCGACCCGUUCCAGGACCUCGAGACGGUGAAGCCCAUCGUCGACCGCUUCGAGCCCUCCCCCUACGAGCCCAACUACCUCUUCAAAGAGAUCCCCGAGGGCCUCCUGCAGGACUCCAUGUGGAAGACUAGCUACGCGGCGCCCUUUGUGUUCAAGGAGGGUAUUGGGGAUCUGGAGUCUCGUGCUACGGUCUCUGGCGUUAAGCAUACUCUGAGGACUGCCCCAUCCCGUCCCAUGUGCGAGCCCCUCGCCCUCGGGGUCGAGGCCUGCGGGCCGCGCAGGCGCGAGAUGGUCGGCUCGAUCGGCAUCCUUGCGUCACGCUCGCCAGAGACGCAGGUCGAGACGUUCCUGGAGGCGAACGCCGUCACGGAGCGGACACACGCCAUGUACGUCAAGAGGGUCGCGGACUUCGAGAGCUGGGUCUCGGCCAGGGGCCUCAAGCUCACCUCCGCCAAGCUGGUGGACUGCGCGCUGGUGGACUACCUGAACCAGCUGUGGAUCGACGGCGCGGACAUCGGCGAGGCGACGGGCACCUACGCGGCCUGGGUCAAGCUUCGCCCCUCCUUCUCCAAGAAGGGCCCCGACAAGCUCGUGAGGACCAAAAAGGCGCUGCAGGGCUUCAACAGGCUGGACCCCGGCAGGACCAGGCCGCCUCUGCCGCUGGCGUUCGCAGCCCUCAUAGCGGUGGAGCUCGUCGGCAUGGGCCUCGGCGGCAUGGCGCUGGCGGUGAUGCUCAUGUUCUCGGCAUACUUGAGGCCGAUCGAGCUCCUCUCGCUUCAGUUGUCGGACGUGCUCGUGCCGACCCAAGGCAGCCCUUACUACGCGAUCCACCUUCACCGUGCGGAGCGAGGUCAGCCCAGCAAAGUUGGCCUAUACGACGAGACGCUGCUGUUGGACUCGUCGGCGCUGCCGUUCCUCGGAUACCUUCUGGACGCGCACCGGGCCGCGGCUGCAGGGCCAGCACUGUUCGACUUCGAUUACCGGAGCUUCAACGAGAGUUUCAGGACAGCUGCAAGGACCGCAGGUCUGGCGGCCAUCAAGCCCGACCUGUAUCAACUUCGUCACGGCGGCCCCUCGCACGACAUCCUCAACCGUCUUCGCUCGAAGGCAGAGGUGAAGGACAGAGGCCGCUGGAGGGACGAUCGCUCAGUUCGACGAUACGAGGCGCACGGCAGGCUGCAGCUCCAGGAGAAGCUGGUCUCAGAGGCGACACAGAGCCGCGCGGCAGCAUGCCUGGCCGACCUCGAGGCUCAGCUCCGGUCAAGUAUGCCGCAGUUCGCCCGUGCCGUGCCAUCUUCCAAGGGGAUCGAAGCGGAAGCUUGGGAUGUGAUUGACGGUCCCGGCGCAGACAUCUUGACGACCGCCAACAGACGCAGGCUUGUCAAGGACUUCAGGACAGGCAGGGCUCUAGGCAACAGGCUAUGGGUCGUCACCUUCCGCAUUAUCUGUCAGCUGGCCUCCCUCGGGGUCCCUGUGGUGCUCGAGAACCCGUUCUCGUCCAGGAUCUGGAUUACCAAGCAUGUCAGUUAUCUCAUACGCAAAUUUGGGGCUCGUUUGCUCGAGGCGCAUUAUUGUCAGUACGGAACCCAGACCAAGCUCCCGACGCACGCCGCCGACGGAGCCGACCUGAUCAAGGAGAAGGAGUAA